CUGCCUCACCCAGAAGAGACACACACACUGACAGACGGACCGACCUGCAGACACAAACCAGCACGACUUCCACUGAGAGAGGACAGGAAGAGGAGGGGAUACUGGGAGUACUUGUUAUACUGGGAAUACUGGGAAUACUAACACUUCAACCUGCUGCUGAAUCCACAAACUGAACGAGAGUUUCAAAGUGAAAGUAACUCUCAGGGACGGGGAGUGGCUUCCUGUUUUUUUCUGCUGCGUGUUUUGAGUCUGAGAUAAAAUGGCGUCCAAGUUUGAAGAAGAUCUGAGCUGUCCGAUCUGCCUCGACAUCUUUAAAGAUCCAGUGAUCCUGUCCUGCUGCCACAGCUUCUGUAGAGAGUGUGUGAAGGACUGCUGGAAGGAGAAGGAGAACCAGGAGUGUCCACUCUGUGAGAGGAGAAAUUCAAAGGAAGUAUUACCUCCUAACUUUGCUUUAAAGAACCUGAGUGAGAGUUUUGUGCAGGAGAGAGAUCAGAGAGCUUCAGAGGAUCUCUGCAGUCUGCACUCUGAGAAACUCAAACUCUUCUGUCUGGACCAUCAGGAGCCGGUGUGUCUCGUCUGCAGAGAUUCAGAAAAACACAGCAAACACACAAUCAGACCCAUCGAUGAAGCUGCUCGACAACACAAGAAGAAACUUCAGGAAACUCUGGAGCCGGUAAAGAAGAAGUUAAAUGUUUUUAAAGAAGUUAAAGUGAAGUUUGAUCAAACAGCAGAACACAUUCAGGUCCAGGCCCGACACACAGAGAGGCAGAUUAAGGAGCAGUUUAAGAAGCUUCACCAGUUUCUAGAAGAGGAAGAGGAGGCCAGGCUGUGUUCACUGAGGGAGGAAGAGGAGCAGAAGAGUCAGAGGAUGAAGGAGGAGAUGGAGGCUUUGAGCAGAGAGAUAGCAGCUCUUUCACACACAGUCAGAGACACAGAGGACGAGCUGAGAGCUGAAGACGUCUCAUUCCUGAAAAACUACAAGGCUGCAGUGGAAAGAGUCCAGCAGCGCCCCCUGCUGGAGGAUCCACAGCUGCCCUCAGGAGCUCUGAUAGACCAGGCCAAACACCUGGGCAACCUGAGCUUCAACAUCUGGAACAAGAUGAAGGACAUGGUCUCCUACAGUCCGGUCAUUCUGGACCCAAACACUGCUGGUUCAAACCUCAUCCUGUCUGAAGAUCUGACCUGUGUGACACCAGGAGAGAGACAGCAGCUUCCUGAUAAUCCAGAGAGGACUGGUUCUUUCUGGUCUGUCCUGGGCUCUGAGGGAUUUAACUCAGGGACUCACAGCUGGGACGUCCAGGUUGGAGACAGUAAAUACUGGUAUCUGGGUGUGUUAGCAGAGUCUGUAAAGAGGAAGGGAUACAUACGGUCUGGAUGUUGGUCAAUAUGGUUCGAUGAUGGUAAAUACAAAGCACGCUCCUCAUCACAUCCAGACACUGAACUCUCAGUGAAGAAGAAGCCUCAGAGGAUCAGAGUGAAUCUGGACUGUAACAGAGGAGAGCUGUCCUUCUCUGAUCCUGAUACUAACACACACAUACACAUACACACACACACUUUCACUGAGAGGAUGUUUCCAUUCAUUUACACUGGUGAUAAAGUGAAGAUUUUACCAGAGAAGAUCUAAUACAUGAUGAUGAUGAUGAUGAUGAUGAUGAUGAUGAUGAUGAAGAUGAUGAUGAUGAUGAUGAUGAUGAUGAUGAAGAUGAUGAUGAUGAUGAUGAUGAAGAUGAUGAUGAUGAUGAUGAAGAUGAUGAUGA